AUGGAUAAUAAAACUUCGGAAAUAAAUUGGUCUGAAAUCACUUAUCCAUUACCAACAAAUUUAUUUGAUAAAUAUACUCAACAAUCAAUAGCUGUACCAAUUGAAUAUUUAGGUAUAAAUAAACAAAUUUGGUUACAAUGUCGUUCAUUUGCAUUAAAUCUAUCAAAAAAAGGUUUUAUUGAUCCAAUAUCAAUAUUAUAUAUAUCAUUUAAGCGUUAUUAUUCAUCUAAUAUAAAAUUUAAUACAUUUACACGUUGGUUAUUAUUAAAUGAAUUAAAUAAAAAUGAUUUUCAAAUAAAUUCAUUACGUUAUCCAACAUUUCAACCAGCUAAUGGAAUUCUUAAAACAAUACAAAUAAAUAAACAAAUUAAUUUUAUUAAUCCAUUAACUGAUAUUGAACAAAUAUGGAUUCUUUUUCCAAUAUCAAUACUUUUACCAACAAAUAAUUAUACAUUAAUACCAAAAGCAAUGAUAUUAGAUAAUAAUGUAACACGUUUAUCAUUAACACAUAAAAGAACAAAUGCAUCACGUUUACAUUGUUUAUUUGCAUUAACACCAAGUGGAAAAUAUUCAAAUCAAUUAAUUAUAUGUAAACCGGGACGACAUUUUAAAAUUAAUUAUACAUCAACAACAUUUACACGUAUUAUUGAAACAAAUAAUAGUGAUAUAUCAUAUGAGCAUAUACAACAAUGGCUUGAUGAUUUUAUUUCAUUAUCAUAUGGAACUAAGAAUAGGUAAUUUGAAGAUUAUAUUUUUUUUUUGUUUUUUUUUUCUAUCGAAAUUUUUAAAUUAUGAAUAUCACUAUUAUAAUACUUAACGAAUUUCAAAUAUAUGAAAAAAUGCUCGUAAUUCAAAAUUUCAGCCGAGUUUCUUUUUGUAAUGAUUGGAUAGAGCUUAUCGAGUUGCAUAAGAAAAAGUGUGGUUUAAAUAAAAAUCAACAUUUCACAAAAAAAAAAAACAUCCAAGACACCAUCAUUUCCAAGUAUAAGAGAAAAUAGACCGAUUAUUCGGACUUUUGUAAAGUUUUUUUUUAAAUUUCAAACAUACAGUUUUUUAUGCAACUUGAUGAGGUCUAUUUAAUUAUUAUAAACGAACUGCUGAAAUUGCGAUUUGCGAAUACUUUUUCAUAUAUUUUAAAUUUGUUAGUUUGAUGAUGAAAACUUUAAUUUAACUCGAAUAUGCCUAACCUUAUUAAUUUUAACAAGACAAACAUCUCCAUUAUCAGAACAAGAAUUACAAUUAAGGAUUUAAUGCGUUAUAUUUUGAGCUUUUUUAAAGAUUAAUUUGCUACUGUGCUUUUUUUCUUAGGUUCCGUGCUAGUCAAUUUUAUAAGUC